AUGAAAAGGGUUGCCGUCAAAAACGAUAUCGAUGUCUUCUAUUUCUCGGUCGUUGUACCAUUGCUCGCCUAUUUUGCCGAUGAUGGACAAAUGGAGAAACGCGAUUUCCUUGAGAUGUGGAAGGAGAUUCCUGAACAAAAUGAGCAACAGUUUCAAAUCCAGAAUGCACAACGGCUGAGUGCUGAUCAAAUAUGCGCAAAGCUGCAAGCGAACAAUGUGUUCACCGUGGCUCGUCGAUCUGUUGAUGGACAGGAGUUGCUGUACCAUUCGAUCAAGUACACAAAUGGUUUGUACGUGCUCUCCGAGUUGAAACUUCACCAGGGACCUCCAGCCCUUACGCUCUCACUGAAAUCAAGCCAUCUGACUGCGAUCGCGAAUCUCAAUGAAAUGUUCCAAUUAAUCCUUGCGAAU